CAAAAUGGCGGAUGUUGUCAAACACAUUUUAUUCUACCAGCGUGCUCGUAGUAAGUAGAGAGCGUUCGUUUUAUGAUGGCCGAUAGCUGUUAAUCACCUCUCUUCAAUAUUUCACCGUAUACCUUUAUAAUUUCAACAGUAUUCCUCAUUUUGCUAAGCUGUAUCUUCACAUUACGAACAGUUAAGACAUGUCGCUGUUUUGAAAUGAUUGUUAUAAAUUAGAAAAUAACUUAAAAAGCCAAUUAUGCAGCGAAUAACUGCAUGUCGAAUCGCAAGAACGGUACCGGUACCGUGAACCGGAAGUAUCCAGAUAUCCGAGGCACCUGGAACGCGACGCUUGAGAACACGGAAACAGGCGUGUAGCGCUCCUGCUUGUCGUGCAAGAACAUACAUGAGCCCUGGAUUUUUGGCAACAUAAUGGAUCUGUCUGAGAAGGAGCUGAAAGAAGCUUUUGUCAGUAAUCUCAACGGAACAACUUUACAGGAAGUGGCAGUGGGCUCAUUUCUCACCCCGCUGUGCAUCCUCAACCGAGCGCUCAUCCUGAUCCUGCACCAUCAAGCCAAGGGUCGUCUCCCUCUGCCGUUCCCGCGCAUUUCUCAUCUGCUUCUGGAUUUCUCAGCGCUGGUCCUCCCCCUCGUGCUGUCGUGCACCGUCCUGAGCGACGUUCUUCUUCAGGUGGUCUUGAGCUUCACCUUUGUGCUGUCGUGUGCGCUUUGCCGCAUCUGCCGCCCACGGUGCCAGACCACUCUCAGCGCCUUCCUCGGCGGGACCGUUCACUUCAAACAGGUUCCCUUUGUGACCGUUUUCCGAGUGAUGGUGAACGUGCAAACGGCCAUCAGUAUUCUCGCCGUGGACUUUAGAGUCUUCCCGAGGAGAUACGCUAAAACGGAAACAUACGGAACUGGCGUGAUGGACUUUGGGGUUGGAGCGUUCGUCCUGGCCAACGGUCUGGUCUGCCCAGAAGCACGUGGGAGGAACGUGUCCGGAUCCAAGAUGAAACACAUCUCCAAGCAGCUCCUGUCCGUGUGGCCUCUGGUCGUCCUCGGUGCGGCACGACUUGUCUUUGUCAAAACCAGCAGCUACCAAGAACAUGUGACUGAAUAUGGCGUCCACUGGAACUUUUUCUUCACGCUGGCUAUUGUCAGAGUUCUGACCUCCAUGCUUUUGGUUGUUGUCCCUGCAAGAAAGUCGUGGCUUUUGUGUCUUCUCAUCUGUGGAGUUUAUCAGUACACUUUGGAGACAACGGGCUUGAAGGCUUUCAUCAUGCACAACGAAGACCGAGGAAAGGACUUCCUGCAUGCUAACAAGGAGGGGCUAUUCUCCAUCGCGGGUUACGUUGCCAUCUACAUGGCAGGAGUGCAGAUCGGAUGCUACGUGAUGCAGCCCAGAUCCCGCGUUCGAGACUGGCUCAAAGCCGUCUUCAACCUCCUUAUGGCUACUCUGCUCUUAUUUGCUGCUUUGUGCACAUGUCAGACUUUUGUGGAGCCGGUGUCUCGCCGUUUGGCUAAUUUGCCCUUCUGCCUCUGGAGCGUCGCUCAAUCGCUGCUUUUUUUAUCCUGCAUCACUUUAGUUGACUUGAUCGUUCUCUUUUCCCAGACCGCCUCUGGCUGCAGCUUUGUACCGUCGGCGUGGAGUUCAAAUUCAGACGGCAGGAAAAAGAGCGAUGAGAUGGAAAAGUUGUGUCUUCUUCAAGCCGUCAGCAGGAAUCAGUUGUUAUUUUUCCUGCUCUCAAAUGUGUUGACGGGCUUGACUAACUCGCUCGUCAGCACACUUAGUUGCGGCGGUUCCUUUUCCGUGUGUGUGCUGCUGACUUACAUGUUCAUCAAUUCCGCUGCUGUGUAUGUUUUACACCUUUGUGGAAUGACUAUAAAAUGCUGGUAGACAUAUCUGAGAUAUAUAGAAUAAAGUUGUCAAUUUACAACAAAUCUAAAAAAAAAGCUAUAAUAUUACCUUUGCUGAAGGCCAAAGAUCUCAUAAGACCCCUCCUUCACAGCUGCCUUAGACAAUGCCUGUUAGAGUAUUAUAAUAAUCUGAAAUUUUGAGAAUACAGUCAUAAAUUUACAAGAAUAAAGUUGUAAUUUUUUGAUACAGGCAUUGCCUGAGGCAGCUAUAAAAAAGGGGGGCUGAUGUGACUGUUGAAGCUGGAUGAAGUGGCAAGAUCUCACUACAAGUAUUGUAGUACUUUGCUAGCAAGCACGUAGUAAUAAGUAUGAGCACUAUUGAGAUGGAGUGUGCUUUGCUUGCAGGCCCGUAACAAUAAUCAUAAGUACGGGGACUAUUAAGAUGGACUGUGCUUUGCUUGCAGGCCCGUAACAAUAAUCAUAAGUACGGGGACUAUUAAGAUGGACUGUGCUUUGCUUGCAGGCCCAUAACAAUAAUCAUAAGUACGGGGACUAUUAAGAUGGACUGUGCUUUGCUUGCAGGCCCGUAACAAUAAUCAUAAGUACGGGGACUAUUAAGAUGGACUGUGCUUUGCUUGCAGGCCCAUAACAAUAAUCAUAAGUACGGGGACUAUUAAGAUGGACUGGGCUUUGCUUGCAGGCCCGUAACAAUAAUCAUAAGUACGGGGACUAUUAAGAUGGACUGUGCUUUGUUUGCAGGUCCGUAACAAUAAUCAUAAGUACGGGGACUAUUAAGAUGGACUGUGCUUUGCUUGCAGGCCCAUAACAAUAAUCAGUACGGGGACUAUUAAGAUGGACUGUGCUUUGCUUGCAGGCCCGUAACAAUCAUAAGUACGGGGACUAUUAAGAUGGACUGUGCUUUGCUUGCAGGCCCAUAACAAUAAUCAUAAGUACGGGCUAUUAAGAUGGACUGUGCUUUGCUUGCAGGCCCGUAACAAUAAUCAUAAGUACGGGGACUAUUAAGAUGGACUGUGCUUUGCUUGCAGGCCCGUAAUAAUCAUCAUAAGUACGGGGACUAUUAAGAUGGACUGUGCUUUGCUUGCAGGCCCAUAACAAUAAGUAUGGGGACUAUUAAGAUGGACUGUGCUUUGCAUGCAGGCCCAUAACAAUAAUCAUAAGUACGGGAACUAUUAAGAUAGACUGUGCUUUGCUUGCAGGCCCGUAAUAAUCAUCAUAAGUACGGGGACUAUUAAGAUGCGAUAUGGGGCGACAUAAUGAGCAAAAAAAAUAAAUAAAGCAACUUUUAUUGGUCAAAGAUUGAAACUCAGACAACAGAUUUUAAUACUGUAUCUGGGACAAUAUUGCAAUAAUGUAACAAAGCCCUACAAAUGCAUUUUCAAAUGAGUUUGUAAGGAUAAAAUGCCAUUUCGGUGGCGUUGAUACAUCCAGGGGUCAGUUAGCUGUAGGUAAGUUGAAGUAUGUCCAACAGUCAUAUGCGCUAGAAGAUAUAUACAGUAAGCCAAAUGUAAAAACACAACAUUUUCUUUUGUCAUGCUGUCCCGGUGACGUCACACAUCCACACACGCUGAGCAGCAUUUCUAAUGGAACGAAGCAACUCCACACGCGCCGAUACAUACAUACGAUGCAGAGACAUAGGCUCAGCAGAAGGACGUAUUUCGACAAGCGACGCCGCACUCUUUCCUCCGAAACAACCCAGUCCCCCUCAGACGGUGCUAACCAUGAAAGCGCAGCUCACUCGUGAAACAAAAACAUGUCCAUUUAUGGUUUCCGAGCGCUAUAAACAGCCAUCUGGAUACAAAACAGAACACAAGACGUAAGGCAAAAGGCACUUGACGCUUCUGCAUAACCAUUGAUGGGGAAAGAGUAACACAAAUAUGCAAACCACAAAACUAUUUAUGUAUAUUCAUAAUAAAAGCUGAUAAGAUUUGAAGGAAACAGAAGACGAGUGCAGCAUUAAGAGUAAAUGAUCACAUGAUGUGUUGGAAUGCCUACUCUACAAUGUGUCAUGCAUCGGGUUAGUUAGCAACAAAUUAGCAUAUGAGUGAAAUAUGACUUGCAGCAUAAAAAGGUUUUCAAUAAUAUACUCAAAUGUCAGUUUCCAAACCGACUUACGUGGAUGAAAUGAUUGUGUGAAUAUCUCGUGUUGUUUAUAAAAGACAUUUUGCCACCCGCCUGACUGGACGCCGCCAGCACGUGUUUGUUCGCUGUAUGCGGAAGGCACGAGUCAAGGAAGCAGAAUACGGACUUGGAAGGCUUGGUUCCUGCACUUCCUGACGGUGAAUUGUCCUAUCGUGGGUUGAACUGCAAAGUGAGCCGAGCAAGAGUCGCAAAGGAAGAGUUGCACCGUUGUGAAAAUUAGGCAAAACACGGCUUUGACCCCGAAGUCGUAUUGGCUUGAAAUGUCAGGAAUCACCACGGAAUCUGACAUGCACCUUUAUGGGCCUGACAAGCGUGUCGAAUUUGAAUUAAGUUAGUUGCAAAAGGAUUUUGCAGAGGCAUGUGCGUACACCAUUGACCAUUUGACAGCAUGCUGAGUACAACCCAUAGGGGGCGCCAGAAAUUUUCAACAAAAAUGUGCAAAAACCAAAUGAGUCCACCAUGGGGUGUCCCUGAUCUUUCUGAUUGGAGGUCCACUGUUGUUAUGUUUUCAACAGCAGCACUCACGCCUGCUAAAGAAAUGUCAAAAAGAUCUUGAGCAGGGGUGUCCAAAUGGUUUUCACCGCAGGGCCACUUUGAUAUUUGGGAUAGAUUUAAGUGAAAAAGUCCUAGUAUGAAUUUUGCCACUUUUGGAGAAUUGAUGAAUUUUUGCUUUCUUUUUACAAAAUGUUUCAAAUAUUUCAACUUCUCAAAUAAUACAUUUUAUUUUUGUGAUAUUUUGACUUUUAUAACAUUUUUCCACUAACCUUAAAUUUCGCCGUGGGCCGCACAUGGUUAGCAUGCAGGCCACACAGUCAGGAGAUCGGGAAGACCUGGGUUUGAAUCUCCGUUCUCUGUGUGGAGUUUGCAUGUUCUGCAGGUACUCCGCCCCCCCCCCCCACCACCACAUUCUAAAAACAUGUUAUCUUCGUUGGCCACUCCAAAUUGUCCAUAGGUAUGAAUGUGGGUGGGAAUGGUCCACCGGUCCAGGGUGGACCCCGCCGGGAUAGGCUCCAGUAUACCCGGAUAAGCGGUAGAAAAUUACGACGUCAAAAAAUGGUAAUAUUUCAACUCUAUGCUACUAAAAUGACAUUAUUCUUCCUCAUUAUAUUACACGUUUAUUCUCAUAAAUAGAAACUUUUUCUCUUCAUAUUUUGACUAUUUUUCUAAAAUUGCAUUUUUUUUAUUGUCCAA